UUUAACUAGUAUGGAAAUCAAAACUUCUGAUAACGGUCAGAGCUACCUCAAGGACCAAAAGGGAAACAUCAAAGGAAGAUUUAUUCUUGGAGAUACUAACAAAUUUUUGUAUAAAUAUUUCAACAAAACCCCUCCAGAAGCAGUGAAGAUAGAAGAAAACAUAGUCAGUCCAAAAUAAGGCAACCUUUGCUGAUUCUCCAAUGGGUGAUACACAAGAGCUCCUGAAUUCCCCUUCAGUCAAGAAAAAGAUACAGGAAUUUAAGAAAAACAAUCAAAAUCAUAGUGACCAAGAUCUUAAACUGUAUUUGAAAGACUUAGUAAGGGGAAGAAAUGUUCUUGAGGAGAUGAAUAGAACAAAUACCUCUACUAAGGAAAAGAAUGAAAGUAUACGGCCAAUUACUGUAAAAUCCCUCCUUAUGAGCAAGCAUCUGUGCAGGAUAAGGGAUAUUAGAAGCAGAUCUGAAGAAAGAAAGCUUAAAUAAACAUGCUAAAAUGGAACAGGAUUGGGAUAAGUUCUCCAGUUUUGUGCAGACUAAAGUCAGCAGACCUCAAACAGGAGUUUCUUUAAUCCAUGCUUCCAAUGUUUACAGGGAAAAGUAAAAUAAACAGAGAAAUUCCUGAGAUUCAGGAUCCAAAUCAGACGCAAUAUGGGAGAUCUGUGUGGCUUUCUAGCCUCAGGAGUAAUGAGAAGGUUGAUAAAUGGCCAUAUAAUGUUUCUAUAAAGAAAUACAAGAGGUCCAAGACUAAGGUUUCUAAAAGGCAGAAUUACCCUGAUUUUAUCCAUUCUUACUGGGGAACACACUAUGCAUAUACAGUCAAACCAAUGAGAAAGUUGAGGACAGAUUUCAUCAGAAAGAGUAGUGGCUCCUGUACCAAAGAUCAUCGAUAUGAUAUGAAUAAGACACAAGGUUUCUCAAGGAAUAAGAACUUGAGAGGGCUGAAGCCUAGUACAACUCCAGUGGCACCUAAGUUUAAUACACUUACGGUGAAUGACGACGCUUCUAAAACAUCAACAAAGAUUGAUUUCUAUAGAUAAAAUCUAUAUCAGGAAUAGGUCGU